CUAAACUUUUCCCUCACUACUAUUCACGCACCAUGGCGAGGAACCCCGGCCCAAUACGGCGAUUAUGGUACAGCUGGAAGAUGAUGCAGCUGCCCUGGAGACGGAGGUGGCUGGUAGGAUUCGACCUCGAAGGGAACACAUAUUGGGAAUUUAAAGACGCCCUACAUUCGCACCGCAACCGGAGAAUUGUAAAGUACGGCCGGCGGACGCACUAUGGCGACGUUGCCGUUCCUCCCCCGUGGAUGCAAUGGCUCCGGCACACUCGGUUCGAACCACCCACCGUCGCCGAGCAGCGGUCUGACGUGUUCCGCCAACAACGGAUAAAGAUGCUGGCGCAGGAAGCGGACGCAAGAUGGGCAGCGAAGCCCUCGGUGCUGGAUGCGCCCGAUAAACAACAGCCAGUGCAGCCGCUCGAAUCAAGAGAUCCAAAUGCAGGCAUCAGGCAGAUGAACGCCGACCAGGAGGUCAGAGGUAAGGCCGAGCCGCAGCGCACCGUGGAAGAGGAGGAUGUGGCAUCGAAAGCAGCGCAAACAAAUGAAGCACCCGCAUUGAAGACGAGAAGGCGCAUGCGAACGGAGCCUAAAGACUCGCCAUGGAAUCAGGCCGCGAAAGGGAAUCCCGGCGAUGAAUGGCAGCCACAAAGCUGGACGCCAGGUUCAGCGAAGCGAAGAGCGUAGCAAUCCGUGGCAUUCAGGAAGCGAAGAAGGCAACGAUGUCACACAACUACAUAGAGGACACGACUGUACAAAAUCCACUGUAUCAAUAAUGUCACACUAACGGCUCUAAUCUUCGUACAGUUGACCAAAUUCAAUGCCGGCUUCGGUCAACCGCCCACACAAUGCAUUCUCCCAGGACCAUGGUAAUGUGUACCAACAAUCCGAAAGAGUCAUUUCCAAGUGUUCCAUCUUUAUCUACUCAUCCUCUUCCCACAG